CCUCGAGCGGUGGGUCGGUUCAGUUGUGAUCGAGCGUCGCGUUCGUGUGGUGUCGCCGGUGCCUAGCGACGAACACCAUGCCAGUGAACGACCAGUCUGUGAUCGCGUCUGGUUGUGACACCUCCGAGGGUUCGUAGCUACGGGGAUGGCGUUGCCGCUCAGCUGCUCGAAGCGCGUGAAGGAGGUGCUCUCCGAACAGCACCUGGACAUCAUGGCCACCAAGAUCCUGGCGCCCGUCAAGACCGAGCGCCAAAUUUUGGAGAACUCGAUGCUGGAGGACGACCCCAACGCCAACUGCGCCGUCACCCAGGAGGAGAAGACGCGCCCCCGGUGGGGACCCCAGCACAAGGGGGCUCAGGAGCUGGCCAAUCUCUACAGCAAGGGGAAGCGGACUCAGGAAUGCAUCUGCGUGGGAAUCUGCUUGACCCUUAUGGUGGUCAACUUCUUCUUCAUAAUAUUCCACGUCCGUAUGGACAACUUGAGCACGAUUUUGGUGGCGGCGUUUUGCGGCAUUGUGACGGCGGAUUUCGGCUCGGGACUCGUGCACUGGGCGGCCGACACGUGGGGCUCGGUGGAGCUCCCCAUCUUGGGCAAAAAUUUUUUGCGGCCGUUCCGCGAACACCACAUCGAUCCGACGUCCAUCACCCGCCACGACUUUAUCGAAACCAACGGUGAUAACUUCAUGGUGACCAUUCCGUUUCUGGCGAGGAUGGUUUGGGAUUUUCUGACGCUGCCUGCGGACGGGGUCGAGAGGAAGUUCACGUGGAAUUGCUACGUGUUUCUGUUGGCGAUUUUCGUGGCAAUGACCAAUCAGAUACACAAGUGGUCGCACACCUACUUCGGGCUGCCGGCGUGGGUGGUGUGGCUGCAGGAGCACCAUGUGAUUCUGCCGAGGCGCCACCACCGCAUCCACCAUGUGGCCCCGCAUGAGACCUACUUUUGCAUCACCACCGGGUGGCUCAAUUGGCCGUUGGAGAAGCUGCGCUUUUGGAGCAUCCUAGAGCUGCUGAUUGAACACACCACGGGCUACAAACCGCGGGCUGAUGAUAUGAAGUGGGCGCAAAAGGGCACGUGAUAUUUUUGUCUUUGUUAUGAAUGGGGUUUGUUUUGUUAGUUCUACGUGUCUGUGGAAUAAUUGCCAAAAGUUCAUUUAGUUGAUUUAGCGAUUUAUUGGUGAUAGAGAACACCACGUUUUGUUCGAUUCAAUAAAUACAUAAUCAAGUGCCUGAUUUUAAGAUUGGACAACGAAUGUAAUGUACUUUUAUUGUUACAAAAUCAUGUUAACCAUUGGGGACCAAGCGAUGGGCCUUGGGCCAAUUUUUUAAAUGUUUAAUAGUUCUUACAAUUUAGCCUAAUGAUUUGAUCAAUUUUAGAUUUAUUGAAGCUAGUCUUAAACACUCCAGGGAUAAUCUACACGCACUACCAAAGUAGUUAGAGUGCCUGAUUUAGGUACUUUAUGAAUCAUUAUCAUUACAAACACGCUUAACACCCAGUAGGGUAAUUUGUACGACUUAUGACUAGGCUAAGGUUUUUAAUUCUCAACUUGUUUGCAAUUAUUUAAUUAUUUGAGCUUUAUGACGAGCUCCGUCUGCGUUUUAUUCAAUUAAUCAAUAAGCAGUCGUACGCUAGAAACUACCACAAAAAAUGGUUUGUUAACUAGACAAACACUGUGAUUUAAACAUCGCAAUAAAUCGCAGUUAUUUUUACCAUUUCUAGACAAAACUGCAAUGGUGCGCUCAGCUCCAUUUGCGUGUGCGUCAUCUGACAUUUCUCUCACUACGUUUACACAGCAGGGGCAUAGCGGUGACAAACUAUCAAAUAUUUUUUGAGGUUACGAAGUUGUUACAAAAAAUACAGAUUCACAAAACAAGAACUAAUAAACGCAGAAUCAAAAACCUAACGAAACGCAAAUCACAAAACACAAUAAACGAACAGAAAAUACUUACGAUUAACACCGAUAACACACACUUUCGACAACGAUGCGACGACGUCUAUAAUUUACUGUCAAUGUCAAUUAAUGUUCAAGGAUACCACCCUUAGAUAGCCCUUAGCUGUUUAAAUUUGCAUUGUUUUUGACAAUUUUUAUAGCUUUGUGUUGGUAAUGAAAAAAUGAAAUUGACGCACACGCAAAUCGAGCUGACCGCCACUAUAAUAGACAAGACGGUAUUUUAUAAAGUCUGGAACAAAUGCAAUUAUUUUAUACAAUAAAGUUGCUUGAAUUUAA